AUGAAUAUGGCGUCUCGUAGUACCUUUGAAAGCCGUGUCUCGUUCGACACAUUCGACAAUCGCGAUGCCAGUGAUUUCUCUUUAACGUUAAACUCCAAACAUCGGGACUACCACUACAGCCGACGCUCCCGGACGUUCCUUUGCGGUACAGAUUCUAAUGACUAUUCCGAGUUUGCUCUCGAGUGGCUCAUUGACGAACUGGUCGACGAUGGCGACGAGAUCGUAUGUCUUCGAGUGGUCGACAAGGAUUCAAAGAUUAGCAGCGAUGCCAGUGUCGAGGAGGGGCGAUACCGCAAGGAGGCUAGGAAAUUACUGAAUCAGAUCAUUGCAAAAAAUACAGAGGAAAAGGCAAUCAGUUUAGUGCUUGAGUUUUCCGUGGGAAAAGUACACGAUACUAUCCAGCGAAUGAUACGCAUCUACGAACCCGCAAUGCUCAUCGUUGGCACUCGGGGUCGUAGCCUUGGUGGCAUUCAAGGACUUCUGCCCGGCUCAGUUUCAAAAUACUGCUUACAACACUCACCCGUUCCAGUCAUUGUCGUUCGACCCUCAUCCAAGAGAGAAAAG